UACCCAUGAUGCAGCGCGGCUCAGUCCGGUCGCCAUGAUUCUAGCGCUGUGCAGAUGUUUUCAGCUCAGACUGACGAGGUUUGAAGCUAAGCUAACGGCCUGAAGCUCUGCACUUAAACCAGUUUCAAUGCGCUCAUCUACGUUAUAGAGAUUCCAGAGUCUCCAAGAUAACACACGGUCUUGGGUUAUGGCGACCAAUACCGAGGACGAUGAGUUUGAUGAAUAUAAGCCUGGUGCUGAGAGGUCCAGAAGACGGAGAGGAGAAGAUGAUGAUUUGGAAAGUGAUCUGGAUGAGGGAGACUUACUUGAAGAAGAUUGGCUUUCAGCUAAAAAGAACCCCUCAGAGAUGUCAGAUGAGGAGCUAAACGAUGACCUCUUACAAAGUGAUGAAGAGGACCAAAACGCAAGUGCUCAGGGUGAGGUUGUGAGUUUAAACGCCACACUGGGUCUGGGCUCGUCUGGUCACCUGCAAGAUGAAGACCCUGAUGGAGGCGGAUAUACCGAAUACGCCUAUGAAGAGACCGAGGGCAGCCAACCGGGUUUCUCUCAGGGUGGGGAGUAUGAGGGAGAAAAUGAAGGGGUGGAAUACACAGGAGACCAGAACUAUGAAGUAUAUCAAGAUGAAGUGCUGGAACUACAGAUCGACGAGCCACUGGAUGACGAUUUCCAAGUGGAUGAAUACCCGACUGAGUAUAGUGAAGAGCAGGCUGACCGACAGGAAGUGCCUGAGGAGGAGGAGCAUGAGGAGGAAACUGAGGAGCAGGACAACUCUCAGCUCACAGAAUUAGAGGAGGUGGAGAAUGAAAACGAUCCAGAAGCUGAGGCCGAACCGGACGCCGACGCGAAGGAGGAGUCUGAUGAGGAAGAGGAAGAUCUUGAAGAAUCUGGCCGUCUGAGAUUUAAGACGGAGCGCAAAGAUGACACUGUGGUCAGACUGUCUGAUACCACCAGUAAAAGGAGGAACAUCCCAGACACACUAGAGCUCUCUGAUGCAGCUAAAGCAGACCUGCGUGAGUUUGAGGAAAGGGAACGUCAGAGGAAGCAGGGCCGGUUUGGAGGACGAGGGAGAGGAGCUGAUGGAGGGAGGGGAGGAAUGGCAGGUAGAGGUGGGAUCAGGGGAAGGGGAGGAGCAGGAGGACGAGGAGCCGGAGGAAGAGGAGAUUUCCCUCUGUUUGGAAUGGGAGCUUUCCGUGGCGAUGGAGUUGGAGGACGAGGGAGAAUAAAUGAGCAAAGGCCUCCGCUGAUGCAAGUGAACUUAGGAAUGCAGCAGCAGCUCAGAAUGACUCCCCCGCUUCAGCAUCACCACCAUCAGUCUCGUCUGCCUGGUCCCAGAGGCAGUGGAGGUCCCGGGCUAUUCCCGGAUCCGGGCACCCCAAUUCCUCAGCAGCCACUGCAGCUGAUGACGCCUCGUCUGACCCACCAUUCCCCAGGGCCCAGAGCACAACACGACACACAUGUACCACGCUUGUUGAACUCACCACCGCGGCACUCACGAACACAUCCCAACCAACAUCAACAGCAUCAGCAGCAUCACCCCAAAAACAUUCACAUCAACCCUCACUUCAGAGGACCCUCCUCCUCACCCGUGCAAGUUCCCUCAAUGCCUCCUGUGCAGAACCAACCGAGGCCUAACAUCGCUUCACAGAGACUCCCGGCUCCUCCUGAUUUCCAGCAGCAUCUUCAGGGGAAUUUUGGCCCACCUCAACGGCCUCUGCCCCCCCAGGAUCAAUGGAGAGGACCACCACAACAUCAUCAGGAUCCAGAGCACUUCUUCCCUGCUGAACCACGUUUUUCAGGCCAGCACAUGUUUGACCAGCCAGGCCCUGCCCCCCUCAUGAAUAACAGUGUUCUUCCGAUGUCGUGCCAAGGCCCUCCAUCUUUCCCCCCACAAGGGGGACUCGGAAGUCCUGGAUUUGGUUCUCUGGGGCUCAGGCAAAACCAAGGGCCUCUGGGAGGAGGUAUUUUCCAGAGAGAGCCCCCUCCAGGCCCCCCUGGUCCCCGUGGCUUCGUGGGUCACAGACAGCCCUUCUCGCCCCAACAGCAGGGACCCCCCUUUAACCCCCAGCACAUGCCGUUUGGUAUGCAGGUACGCCAGAGAGGUCUAAUGCAGCAGCCCCUACACCAUGAUCUGCCACUGUCCCAUCAACCCUUGCACCAGCAGCACAGACAGGACUUGCCCCCCCAGGGUCUGCCUCACUCCCAGCCUCCACCCCAACACCAACAGCACCACCAACACCACCCAAGGGACCAACAUCCCAUGGUGCACCUCUCCCAGCCCCUCUUCCGCCAGUCGAUUCAGAGUGGCCACAGACAGAUGCAGUCCCGACCACAGGGCAACCAGCAGCGAAACAACCAUGCCAGACCCAAAAUGACGCCUCCAUCUCCACUGCAGCAGAUUCCUCCUCAACGCAACAGCAAUCUCCGUGAGCUGCCCAUCGCCACAAGCAACAACAAUAACCGCCCGCCAGUGCCUGGUGGGCAAGCAAAGCCUGUUACCAGGGCUACACCGAAUGUUAGGCAAGGGCAGGCUGCUCGUGCUGGACCAGCAGGAAGAGGAGGAUCUGUGGCACAGGGGCAGGGGGCUGCCAAAGCACCAGAGCAGCCCAGUGUGCCCGAGAUGAAGAAAGAGUGUCCAGCUGCACAGCCAAGCACCACUCCAGAGGACCCAGAUGAAGAUGAGGAGACGCGUCAGUACAGACUGAAGAUUGAGGAACAGAAGCGUCUGCGAGAGGAGAUCCUCAAGCGCAAAGAGCAGCGCAGGCAGAUGCAGGCUGGGAUGCGCAAAAAAGAACUGAUGGAACGGAUCAGCGGCCAGAACCCAAACCAGACCCCACAAACUCCGAUCGCCACACCCAACCCAACCCCAGCAGCCCAACCCCCACAGCCGGUCCCUUCGCUGAUCUCUAACGGAACACCCCAGAACCCUUCGACAGGUCUUAGUUCCCCUCGUCCAAAUGUGAAGGCCCGUCUGCAGAACACUAAACCUCUGGCCCAGACUUCAGGUUGGUCUGGGCCGCAGAAGCAGCCGAGCGCUGGUCCUGAUGCCAGGCAGCAGGGCCAAUGGCAACCGCAGCAGAAGAGGACCAUGACCCCACAAAACACUCAAAGACAAGGUGCUGCUCAGACCAGCCCACUAGAAGGGCCACUGGGUCAGCCUCAACCUGGAGGAAAGAGAACAGUGAUGCAAAGAGCUAGCAGCAUCGAAUCUCCUCAGGUUCCACAGAAAGUACGUGUAGUUAAGCUUCAGGGAGAGCAGGCAGAUGCCGGUCCCAACACUGGUCCCCCACAGCAGCAGCAACAACCAAUCGGUCGGCCUGCCCCCCAACAGAGACUUGGUCCCAUCAGAAAAGUUACCAUGGCAACUGGUGGUGUACAAAAUCAACAACAGGCUGGCCAUGGCACGGCAAACCAAACGAACCGGGUGGUAGUUCGGGGUCGGGCGCGAGGCCGUGGUGGGGGGCGUGUGAUGAUGCAGCAGAGCCCGAGAGCUCAGGAUUGUCAGAGAAGCACUGUUUGCAUCGAAGGUUUAUCCACCACUACAACCACCAAACAGCUCAUGAACCUUCUCAACUCCAUCGGCCCUGUUGAGAUGUUUACAAUGGUGCCGGAGCAGCGGAAGGCCAUUGCAAAGUUUGUGAACCCUCAGCAUGCAGCCAGUUUUCAGCACAGCUUUCACAGGCACAUGAUAGAUUUGUCUCACAUCGAUGUUUCCAUUAUCGACGGCUGAGGAUCCAGUCAGUUCGACAACAGACAAGACGACGAGAAGCGAGCGAGAAGAGAGCGACUUUUUCUGAAGAGGCUAAAGCUUUGGGUGCUGUCGACGAACUCGCGCCACAUGCAUGAAAGAAUCAAAAACAAAGAGCCAAACACCAGCUGUGUCCUGCUGGAAAUGGCACAGCACUGAUCUCACAUUGUCAAGGACUUUUUGGCAUGAAGCUCUUGCUGUCGUUUCUGUACUUUCAUUUAUAUGUGGAGAGAUCAGUAAUGGUCUGAACCAGCAGCUGAAAAGAGAGAAGAGAAGGUGGUAUGAAACCAGGACAUGUUGUUGCCAGCUGAUAAUAGUUGCUCUCAAGAUAAUCUUUUGAAUGUCUGUUUUUGGUCCAAUAGGAAUUCUUGAGUUACUGCAGAAUGACUUGAAGAAAGUUAGAGGGAUGGUUUGGCCUGAUUGAGGAAUGUUGCGUAUGCUGCAGUAGGUUUUGUCAGCUGUAGAGGGCAGCAGAUGUCUUCGGUAUGUUGGGGUAUAGCUGUGGACAUCAGAGCCAAAAGCACUGCUUGCUAGAGACAUGUCAUCCGAGGCAUGUUUAUUUGAAUCAAGUUUUUUUUUUCUAGUUGCGUAUCUUUUAGAAGCCACUGUAAUAACGCAGGCGUCUCUUUUUGUGCAUUUGUCUACGACUAUUCAUGAUCUUAAGUUUAUUCAUUGUCCCUCUCUCCGUUCUGAUUGCAUCGCAGUUGGGUUUUGUUCUAGAGAGCUGGAGUGAACACAACAACUGGAAAACAAUUAUUGACAAUAAAUGGCUUUUAUAUUUUGAUUUUAGGUUUUGGUGCUAGAAUUGCAUAUAUUUAGAUUCUUUUAAUCGUCGUUAGAAAUGGCUUCUGAGAAAGUAUUAAAGGCAAGCAGAAAGUCCCCUUCUUUGGUAAUACUCUUCUUUUAAUGCGUUUAGUUUUCAGCACAUGUUGUGUGUGGACGAGGAUUGCGGAGUCGUGGCCUGUGUGAUGAUUCCAUAGGAUUUUAUUGAAUGCUUACAAGACGCAGGAUGUCCUGUGGUUAUUUGUUUGUGAAGAUACUGUUUGUAAUAUGCUUAUAACGUUGGCUCAGUUAAUAGUUUUGAAGUUUGUCAGAUGACUGAAUCUGAAUUGUGAGUUGUUAGGGAUGUGAAGGGACUGGUCAAGAUCAGCUUCUCAUAUCCGUUAUAUCCAUUUUCCUACUUUAUUUUUCGCUUUAGAUUUUUGUAAGGUUUUUUUUUCUUCUCAGUCUCCUGUGAAUAUAUUACACUCCUAACAUUUCAUGGCUUCAAUCAUGAGAAUUUCAUGCCUCAAAUUGUUAUUAUAUCACCCAUUAUUAUUUACAGUAAUAAUAAUAAUAGUAGUUUGUGGUACUGUGCAAGCGUAGUGCUUGGUCAUAUCUAAAUGUACAGCUUAACCUAACAGAUAACAUUACUGCAUAACAAAAUCAAAUUAUCUUUUAGCCAUUUCAAUAGAAUAAAAUAUGUCUAUAGAUAUUAACACAUCCAGGUCUGCUCUUUCAAAGGAUUUGGGAGCAACUGUUAUCAGUGGUCACUUUCUUGUAUAUAAUGAAAAAAAACAAAAAAACCUUGUGUAUGAAGCUGUCAAGUCGUUGUUUUCUCAUCUUGAAAUCUUUCUGUGUUUGAAAUGGUUUGAAAAUACCUACUACUACGUGACUGGUGAAAUUUCCUUUCUCGAUUUGUUUUUAUAUAUCGAUAUAAAAAGUAUUCCUUGGUCAUUUUACAACAGUUUUGUUAUUGGAGAACUUAUUAUUUGAGGAUAUUUUAAAGAUGAAAAAUAAAAGAUGGUCACAUAUAUACCAUGUAAAUACGGUUAUGUGAAGCCAGCUGUCUUGAUCACCAUUAACUGUUGUCUGAUGUUGUUUUGUGUUUGAAGAUUCCCUCUUGCGUAUUAUUCUGAACACCACAUUUCCUCCCUCCUUCUGAAUGUUUCUCUGUUGCCAGCCGUACAAAGUGAUUUUGUUUCGAUUAAGGUGCCACAGUUUCUCUCGAGUCAGGUGAAUUGAAACAUCUGAGAUGUUUUGUGUGUUCUGGUUUCGAAUACUCACUGUGUCCAAGACUUUGGGCCGUCAUGUCUAUGAAGUUAAUUUGUAAAGCUGCUACCCUUCAGCAGCCUCUUGUUUUAAGAUGCUCUUGUAAUUUGCUGAUAUGCCAUCUUCUAUUAUAAUAUAAUAGUUGGUUCUGGUUGAUUACAGUACCUUAUUUGUCUAUAUGUUUGUGUUAAUAAUUUGCUCCAUGAGUUUCUAGGAAUUACAAAGAUACAUAUAAUGGGUAAGAUAAUGAAUAAUGUUAUAAAGUGCAUAUGGAUCCACUUAAAAAUGAUAAACUUUUUUUUUUUUUUUUUACUUUAACUUUUCUAGACAUACUCUGUUUAAAAUUGGUAUAGGGCACAGAUUUUUUUUUUUUUUUUUUUUUUUUCAGUUGCACACAUUUAUUUAUUUAUUGGUUUUGAAUGUAUUUAUGUCAAAAGAGUUAAUCCUAUGGAUUUCAAAUGUUUUAUCUAGUCUGAGAGACUUUUAAAAAUAAAUAUCUCUAGGUAUAAAUCUUCUAAGACACAUAAUAUUUAUAAAGAGUCUAAGAGAGAGAACUCUGAUUCAUAUUGAAUCUUUUAGUAACUUCUUUGUAAGUGUAGAUAAACUUUGGGGAAACAGUCCCUUUCUGAUCUGUAAUCACACAUGUGACAAAUUUAAAUUUUCAGAGAUUGUCUGUUUUUGGCAGAUUUUUUUUACAAGCUGUGUAGUCCAAAAUAAUGGAAGCGGUAUUAUGUGAUCAAAUCAAGAGUAGGCUAAAUGUUUCCUUUUUUUUUGGGUCUUGUUUUGUUUCUUUAUUUCUGUCAACACUCCCAGUCUUUUAUUUGAUUUUUUUUUACCGCAGAUCCUGCUGCAGUAGAGCAACUGGCCUCUUUAUAAAAACACCAGUAUUGCCUAUUGCUUCAGAAUUAAAUUAUAAUUAUUUCUCAUAAUGGUAGAUGUGCCCCCCCCCCCCUAUAAUUACAUUUGAGACUCAAAAAAAUUCUGGUGCUGGUUUUGUUUAAUCAUUUUGCCUGUUUUACUCACUUUUUGAAGCGUCAAACACGAUGCACUGCUUCCCGUUGGCAGCAGUAUGAUUAUUUGUAACUUGUAAUUAAACCGUUUUUUCUCUUUUUCAGGACCGAGCUUCCAGGAGCACAGAAAGGAGGGUUUUUCAUAAAACAAAUGCUCUGCACCCGUAUUCAUUCUAAAAUGGCAUUGGUUUUCAAAAGGACUAUUUAGAAAUGUACAGAUUGUGUGGUAAUGGAUAGCGCAGUGGAUAGCGAAUUGGACUUCUAAUUUAAAGGUUGUGGGUUCCUUACUUAUGGGGUGGUGUUGGCGCAGUGGAUAAGACAUGCCUUUGGUGUGAGAGACCCGGGUUCGAAUCCACUGUGAGACACCAAUGUGUCCCUGAGCAAGACACUUAACCCCUAGUUGCUCCAGAGGCGUGCGACCUCUGACAUGUAUAGCAAUUGUAAGUCGCUUUGGAUAAAAGCAUCAGCUAAAUGAAUAAAUGUAAAUGUUUGGUGUUGUAGUAGCAGAUUGCUUGAAGUAAUAGUGGGUGAAGCAGUUUUAUACAUCAGUUUUGGAGUCAUUCUGUGGUGUGAUCAUAGCAUAUAUAUGUUAAAUCACCUAUGAGUGACCUGAUGAGAAUAGUCAUAUGUGCUCACACUAGCAAACAACCAUUGCUGCUAUCACUAAUAACUAGGACAGGACUGUGCUUUAAAUAUAUAUUGUGAAGUCUACAGAAUAUGUAGGAUUGAUUCAGUCUGGAUCAGUGUUCUGUUGAUCUGGUACAGAAUCAGGUUCAUGGCUUCUUAGCAAAGCUUAGCUGCUUAGUUUUUGUUGAACUAAGAUGUUAGAUUUGUGCCUGUGUCUUAGAUUGGUGUAACGAUUGACGUUCCUCAUACAUUCCCAGUUCUCCUGAGUAGCCCAGUGCUGUGUUGAGCUGCUCGGAAACUUCUGAAUAGCUUGAACUUUUUAAGUAAAAUGACUUUGAUAUAAUAAAAAUAAUUUUAUUGAUUUUUCGAGUGACACUCCACACUCUGUGCUUUUGAAAACCACUGCAUAAGCAAAUCGGACGAAAACUGAAAUAUCGAACUGAUGUGAAAAACCCUCCUUUUGGUUUCAGUUCUAAAUAAUGUUGUGUCUGUCUACAGUAGAGCUGCCUCCAGACGAUGCUAACUUCUCUUCAUUUCUCAACAGGUGCUCUUCAGUUUAACUGGUGCCAGAUAUCCCUUCUUUCGUGUUUUUUCUCUCUCUUUCUGUAUCGUUCUCCCUCUCUCUCUUUCACUCACUCUUUUGGGGGCUGGAUGGGAAAGCGGUUGUUGAUCUCAAUGUGGUGUUUGUGUGAACAUAAUCCUUCUGUAUUAAAGCAGGGGGACCUUGCUUCUGGAUUUCCUUACUGUAUUAGCCCACGUCCGUGGAAGUUUUGCGUCUCUGGGACCACACCCUUCUGAGUUCCAAAGUUCAAAAACUUGCACAAAGCCCAAGAAUGAUCUGUACACUCUUGCCAGCUUAGACACACUUGUUGUGUUGCUGAACAAAAAGAACACAUUACUUGGAAAUCAUUAUUGUUUGGGGGAAGUGAUUUAUGCUGUGUUGAUCGCCGUUUUGUUGUCCCUCGAUCUUGUAUUAAUGAAACCGUUUUGAAGUGUCUGAAAUGUGUACACCAGACUGUCCUACAUGUUGAAUUAGCAAGAAUAUAAAUGGUGUUUGUUUAGUAAGCUUUCACGGAGCUUGUCAAAUGAAAACCGAUCAAAUGCCUUGAUUGUACUUGUUAUGAAUAAUAACUCGAAAUAAAUCCUUUUCCUGGAUUUGA